CUGACGCUGCCUCCCCCCAAAAUCUGUCUCCCUCCCUCCCUCUCUCUCCGUCUCUCUCCCUCCCAAACCCUCGCGCGCGCUCUGCGGCUUCUCUCUCUCUCUCUCUCUCUCGCUCGCUCGCUCGCACGCAAACUCUCGGGCGAGAUCAGCGCAGGCCGUAGAGAGGGGAGGGAAAUGGCGAGCGCAGAGGCGAAGGACGGGGAGGAGGUCAUGGGGGAGGCACGCGAGGGUGAUCCAGUGGACAAGAUAAGGAGGUUACUCCGUAUUGCUAUCUACAACAUUGGAUAUGUUGAAGGAUUUUUUCCAGAUGCCUACUUCAGUGACAUUGUAGUUCGAGAAGAUGACAUGGUGAUAAAGCAGCUUGUCCCAAUCGUAGAUUCUGAAUCAAGAAGGCUGAUGAAUUUGAUAGAUGAAGCUGAAGCAUGUUUGUGUGAUGCACUGAAGAAGAAGUAUUUGAAAACACUGGUCUUUUCCAUCUGUGAAAAAUACGAAGGCCCGGUGCUUCAGGAAUUCAUUUUCUCGUUUAGCUACCCCAGCACAGGUCCUGAUGAAGUUGUGAUGAUGAUGACUCGCACAGGAAGCAAAGUGAUUACAAAGUUCGAAGCAAGUGCUGUCAAAGUAACUCCUAAUCAAAUGAGGAGCUCUGCUUGUAAGAUGAUUCGGUUGAUAGUUCAGCAGACAAGGACAUACCCGGUACAAGAGGAGCAUGCUAUUGAAAUGAAGCUAUCGUUCUACGAGGAUACAACUCCUGAAGAUUAUGAGCCACCUUUUCCCAAGUAUUGUGUUAACAGUGAGGAUGUAGCCAUAUGGAACAACAACAUCUUGAAGAUGGAAGUAGGGAAUAUAAACAACAAGCACGUUGUGUUAACAUUGAAGGUUAAGAGUGCCCAGUCCUACUGCAAGAACAGUAUAGUUGAUGAUUGUUCUGACUAUGAGAUGUGCGAAUGCGAAACAUAUGGUUACACUUCAGCUCCCAAUGAUGAUACUGAAGAAGACUAUCACACGGGAAUGCUAGCAUCACCAAUUAAAGCAUGGUACCCACAAGACACUGGAACUCAAAUGACGCGUAAAAGGAAAACUGGAUUUGUGCUGGUAUCUUCUUCAAAAAAGAUCAAGUUCCUUUUGGAUUCAGGUGCCUCUCACCAUAUUUGUAAUGAUAAAGCCAUCAUGCGCAAUUUGAAGGACGUGAAGAAGGAGUACCAAGUUUCACUUGCUUCAUGUGGUGGGUUAGAGCUGAAAGCGGAAAUGAUGGGAACUGUGGUCACAAAAGAUAUGAAACUCAGCCAAGUGGGCUAUAUACCUGAAAUGGAAUUCAAUGUCGUAUCCAUUGGACAAUUGGCAGUCCAAGGUUUGAUAACAACAGGCGGGGAUGGUCGGUUCAGUGUCAUUGAUGCAAAGGAAGCGAGAGUGGUUGGUGAAGGGCAUUUACAAAGAAAAACAGAGAAAGUUGAUGGCAGAGUAUACCAUGAAUAUGUAUUCAAAUCAUUGAUCCGGGAGAUUGAAGGUGAUGAUGAGAAGUUAAUUGAACCCUUGCGGGCAGAUGAUGAUGAAAUCGAUGAGGAAGAGGAGAAGAAAUGCUGGGUAAUUGACACAGGGUGCGGGAGACACAUGAUUCCAGAUAUUAGUAUACUAACCCAAGUCAAGCGUGAGGAGGUCACAUUCCAAGCAGCAUGUGGAAUCGUGUCAUCAACCCAUAAAGGAUUGGUCAAGGAGGGAAAUCUCAUAUUGAGGGAUGUGUUGUGCUGCCCAAAAGUCACAAGAAAAAUGAUAUCAGGCCCAAUGUUGGAUUUAAGCGGCCAUAGGUUCACUUUUAACGAUAAGAAAUGCUGCAUAGUGCACAAGGAUGGGUUGGAGCUGAGAGGGGUUGGCAAACUGGAUAGGGCGACUAGAACGUACUUGUUGAAACCCGGUGAAGACAGUAGAGCAGCAGCAGCAGCAAAAGAGGAGCCAAAGAUGUUGGCAGCAGCAGCAGAAGGAUAUGGUGGACCAAAACAAGAAGCCGACACGAAGAAUAUGAGGGGCAAAGGCAAGAAGACUGCCCAAGCAACUAAGAGGCUGCGACUUAGUUAGACAUGAAACCUGAGAGUCCACCCCACACACGGGAGAAUCGGAUACUUCACUAGAAUUGGUGUUCAUCUUGAAUGUUCAUUGUCAACCCAAUCUUGAUUGUCAACCGUUUUGGCAUAUUUUCAGUGCAACUGCUUACAGUACUUUGGUAGGGUUGUACUGUGUACCUGAUGAGUGGACUACUUAUCUGAUUUCAGUCAUUGAUUGAGUACAUUUAAGUGUACUGACUACUGACAAGCUUCAUUUAUCACACUGAUUGUUCCAAUUGUUUACUUCCA